AUGGUAGCCAAUUUUCUUCCUUCCUUGGGGCUUAUGGGGGACAAAGGACUUCUCAUUAACAUCAUAGCCUUGGGUAUUCUAUUAAUCACCAUACUUGUUAAUGAAUGGAUCCUAGCUUUGUCUUUGUAUACUCGUGACUUUUUAGCUAGUUUAUACGGUAUACUCAUGUUACCUUGUCUGUUGGCAUUUCCGGUAGCUUUGACAGUUCCAGCAAACAGAAGAAACUUUGAACUACAAUACAAGGAGUUGCGCGGUUUGGCUUCAAGUCACGAGGAGAUUAAUUUUUCUAACCAGGAGCUUGUUAUUUAUGUUAAAAUGUAUUGGAUGAUGGCAGAGACAGGUAACCCCCAAUUUGCGAUAGCUUGUUCGCAGAUUUCUUCUACUUUGGGGGUUUUAUGUUUAGCCACUACCACAGGUGCCAUCUAUCUGUUUUUUUAUGUACGAUAUAUAGAUGGAUCAUCUGAUUAUAAGUGGUCAAUUAAGAUUAUUUAUUCUAUGCAAUUAGUUGGAGUUUUGGUAGGUGGUUUAGCACCAAUUUUUAGAUGUUUCACGAUCAUCAGUUAUUUCAAGCCCUCUAAGAAAUGGAGCAAGAACCAUCUAAACGUGUUUAAAGUUGAGAAACAUUGGAUAGAAAGACUUGAGCAGUGGAAGCGCAUAUAUGUCCGUUCACAUAUUCCAGGUCGUCAUUGCAAAAAGGUUUUCCAUAUGGUCAAAAACAUGAUUUUGAACAUUUGUAUUGCACUUCAAAUAGUGGUUGCAGUCAUAUGUAAAACAGUGUGCCUUGUUCCUAGAUGUUUCCUGAUCUUAUUUUCUUGUUGUUGGUACUUCUGUAAAUCUUUAAUGAAAAGGUUUAAAUGGGGAUCAAAAGCAUCCAGGGACUAUGUACCUAAAGAAGAGGUUGAAAAAUAUAGUAAGUAUGUUCUGCUAGCUGAAGAAGCGGCGGAGCUUUCAGAGAGAAUAUUGACAAAUAUACUUGAAUCUAUAAGUAAACUUAUUAAAGUAUCUACAGAGACAGAGCCAAGAAAUCUUAUGAAGCUUCUGGAUUAUUCCAUAGGAUUUAAUGGAAUAGUUAAGUUCGAUGAUGAUGAAGUCCCACCUCUAUAUCCUGAUGAAACCCAGAAUUGUUGGAGCCUAGUAGCGGUAACGUUAACGACUAUCGCAAUUGCACUUCCUGGCAUUUCAAAUAGCCAUGUCAAAGAAUUACUUGCUAGUAUGCGGGAAGGACUCCAAAUGGUAAGAAAUAUUGAAGAAACCCUCAAUGAAAAUGCUGACUUGGUAGAUGCGAGAAAAGCAGCUAGACGUUUGUGGACAGAAGUUGAGUUAUACAACAAGUGGCUACAUAUUGAUCUUCAAAAGAAGUUUAGCAAGUCAAAAUCAACAAAACAGAUUCUUCAAUGGUUGGGUGAUGAAGCAGUCAAAAAUGUGAUAGAGUUUAAGAGCUGCAAAAAAGGAAGUCUGAAUCGCUCUGUUCAUAACUUUAUUGCUUCCAGUUCCAUGUAUAGAAUUAGUCAAACCAUACUACUCCACUGCAGUAAGCAAGAAAAUUGGCCAAAUGAUGCGGAACUUUUUGAGUGGAUAUCAACAAUAAUUGCAGAUAUAUUAUGUGCUUGCUUUACCAACUUACCACGUGUCAUAAAAAUGAAGUGUCAUCACGAUGCAAUAGAGAAAAGGAGGGACAGUAUUCAGAUUGCUGCUCAGCUUCUUGGUAAAUCCAAAAAGAUUCUAGAGAUCCUCGAAGAUCGCCAACUUCCAAAUUUAGAUUUAGACUCGAUGCCCUAUAUCAAUAAGUGGCAUGCUUUGCCAAAUAGUCAGACCCUUAGACGUUGUACUUCUUCAACCAAAGUCCAACUUACUUCUUCAAGUGAAUUGCUCAUGGUAACUGUCGUGUAA